CCCCAAUUAAGCGGUCUAGCUACGGCCCUGGCCUUCGUCAGCAGCAUUAGAGUCAUGCUAAAUCCAAUUUACUACUGACGUAUGUAGUCUGUUAUUGAUAAAGCAAUACUGCAUUGGUUUUAGUGGACUUGCUGUCCACGUACAUUGCAAGUCAGCAGACUAUAAAACAUCUAUCAGACGAAGUUGGAUCCGACAAAAUUGUUUCAUGUGAAGACCUUGGUAUCAACCGUAGACCUUGACCAACCGUAUCGUAGUGAACCGUUGCGUGUUUCUUUGUUUCAAAGCCAUUAGUUUUAUCUGAGUGUCCAGGAAAGAAUGCGAUACGCUACGUGACACUACGGUACGGUUGAAGUGGAAAAGAGCCUUAGCUCUUAAGCCUCCUGACGGAGUCCCAAAAUGUCGAGAGUGUUUUUGUGUAUAUUUUAGGCAAUUAUAACAAAUUUCGUGUUAUUUCAAGUUAUUUGAAGACGCCACCACGCAGCUUCUUGAUUAUAUUGGAACGCAUCCAAGGAUGGAAACACACGUGGAGUGCCUCCCACCCUUCACCGACAUUUGCUUCAAGAUUAUAUAUUCCUACGCAGAGUUAAUUGAUUAAGUGUUUUAAACUAUAAACACGCUUAUUCAAUCCUCAUUAUUACGCUGUGUUCCACCGUGUCUUCACCCUGUCAUUUUUUUGCAAGAAAAUCUGCAGAUUUUGUCUCAGUUUCUUGUCUUCGGAGCACCGUCAACGUAAGCAAGAUACAGAAUGAUGGCUUCAAAUAUGGACAUUGUGUUUGCAGACUUGUAUGAAGUUAUCCCGGAACUUCAAGGAAGGAUGGACCGAUUUUCUCAACCAAAUGUUGUUUCCAAUACAGGUUCUUGCGAUUAUAACCAGAUUUAUGUGGAACCAAGGAAUCUACUCUCAACAAAUGACCAAACAACAUACAGUGGUCAAAUUCCUAUGCAAUGGGUGAAACCAAACCCCAUGAUGAACAACAGCACAAAUCAAGAAGGAAAGUAUGUACUCGAAACAAACUUUCAGUAUGGCUCGUGGGCGCUAGAAACGACAAAUCCCAGUUGUGAAUGGAAUGAACCUAUUGGGAAUCAACUGAACCCAUGCAAAAUAGAGACAGGAAGUCUCCAUCAAUCAUUUUCUGUUCCUCCUUCACCUUGCGAAUUCCAGUAUUAUCCCGCCGUUAAUCAAAAUGAUGCCAAAGGUGUGCCAUACGGAUAUUCUCUACCACCAUUUAUUCCCAACGAUCCCACCGCGGGACCAUAUUCUGCAUACAACCAGUUGCAGGAGCCUAUUCCUAGUGUACCACAGUAUGGUUCACGCAAAGCUGAAGUUCAAACUCCAAUGAAUCCGUUUUCAAAGCAAGGCACGAGUUCAUCAACCGAAAUGAGCACUUCUGUAAGUUCCGUUAAAUCACGUUCGAGGAGAAAGCGGCCACGUCUUUGUCACUUCAUUUUAGAAUUACUCGAAAAACCUGAGCAAUAUUCAAAUAUUGUUGAGUGGGUGGAUCAGAAAAAUGGUGUCUUUAAGUUUCAUAACUCCUCUGAGAUCGCUUCUCAAUGGGGCAAAAGACGAGAUAAGCCACACAUGAAAUACGAAAAUUUCGCUCGUUCUCUACGAAGUUACAUUGCUAAGGGAAUUAUGUCUAAACCUCGUAGUAGAUUGGUCUAUCGAUUUACUGAAAAAAUUUUGUAAUAUGUAACAUGUAAAAUAUUACAUACAUCGUUUAAGAUAAGUGUAGGUAAUAGACUCUAAAUGGUUCCCAUAAGUUCUCACUCGACAUUUUGUAGGUUCUACGUCUUGUUGUAAUAUAGAUGCACGCACAGCACGUGCGAAUAAAUGUUUAUCUCAAAGAUUUGAAUAUGGAAAUAUAAUAAUUUCUAUACAUAAAUAUAGAAAUAGAUAUCUCAAAUUGUAGUAAGUAAAGAUGUGAUCGU